GGACUCUCGCGAUACUUCGUUUCAGGAAGAUGUCUGAAGGAGAGUUGGGCAGAAAGUGGGACCGCUGCCUCGCGGACUGCGCCGUGAAGCUCGGGACUGGGCUGGGGCUCGGGAUCGUGUUUUCUGUCGUGUUCUUCAAACGUCGGACGUGGCCCAUUGUCUUGGGUUCAGGGAUGGGGCUGGGGAUGGCGUACUCAAAUUGCCAGCAAGACUUCCAGGCUCCGUACCUGCUGCACGGCAAGUGUGUCAAGGAACAGUAACGGCAUUAUGUGUGUGAGACACUAGGGGGGCGAUCUCUGUUUGCUGAGGCUGACCGGAGCGUCUCUCCACCCCCCUCCCCUCCCGGGUCCAUUCUUCUCAACAACACAGAUAUCAGCUUGUGUGUCGGCGUGCUCGUUGUUGUGAUGAUGAUGAUGAUGAUGAUGAUGUUGCCGCUGUGUUCUAGUGAUCACUCUGACUCAAUAAAGGCAGUUCUGAAUUGA